AUGGACGACACCGUGGCAUUUAACGAAUUUGCAGCUAACACAGCUGAUGAUUUAUUUGCUGAUGAUGACGAUGAUCUUUUUCUGAAUGAGGAGGAGUAUGAAAAAGCACAGCCAAUAGGUGGAGGUGUAGAUGAGUUUUCACGUAGAAAAAAUGCUAAAUUCGGACCGUUUUCUACCGAUACUUUUUGGAAAAGGUCAGAUGAUAGGAAGCAUGAUCUCAAAAACCACCUCUGGGACUUUAUGAUAUACAAUUCCAUAAGAGAACUAUCUUUUGGAAACUAUAAGGGACAAGUUGAAAUGAUGAACUCACAACUGAUGCUUAGCAUAGUAGAAUGUAAAAAGAAUGUAUUAAACUCCCUAAAUAAUCAGAUUGACUUAACGAAACGAGAUCAUUCAGAUCCAAGGCUAAAUAACUCUUCUGUAAAUAGUGUAGAACAUGAGCUGGAUGAUGAACAUAAAAAACAAGUAGAAGCAUGUUUAGAUAAGUUGAUUAGAGUCGUGAUGGACAGGUUUAGAAUAAAAUUAGAUUUGGGCACACCAGAAUCACAUGAUGAUUCUGGGUUUGAAGAUACCACUAAAUCCCAAAGAACUGAUAAUAUUAACAGGGAAAUCUGUGAACACUUAAAAUCAAAUAAACACGUUAGACAUCUAUUUAGGGAAUUCGCAGAUUACAGAAGAACUAAGAAUCAGCUAAUUAGGAAAUCAUUACAUGAACUAUUAAAAAGUUUUAACGAGUUCAGGAAUAAGAUAUUACAGGAAGUAUACCAGGACUCCAAGGGUCAUAACAUGAACCUGACCAGAUUCGUCAAAAACAUGGAUAAAGUGACUUCAAGAUUUGAUUUUUUUUGUGAGUACAGGUUCCAUAACCUGGCAACUUAUUUCAGGAACAAGGAAGAAGUUGAUAAUUAUAUUGACAGCUUCGUUGCCUUUAACACUUUCACACAUGAUUUUUCAGAGUUUACUAACAACUUUAACCCAAACUUGAAACACACACCCACCACAGCUACUACCGAUCGUACCACUACAGAUUCUGCUACUACCAGUACAGUUAGUAAUGAACCAGCACAAGCCAAAACAUCUAAAGAUAAGCCACAAAUGAACAAAAAACCUGAACAAAUGCCUCCGACUACAGUUACUGAAGCGGAUGAAAUGGAGAAUAUAUUCAAUUUCAUGGGAGGAAAUAUUUCCCAAAACUUCAUACAAACUCAAGAUCUAUCACAAAAUAAACAAAACCCAGAUGGUAGAGGUGGAGAUUCUGGGAAGGAUAUGGAUUUGGAUCAAGGUUAUGAAAAUAUGAUGGAUAUUGACAGGGAUGCAGUAGUGGAAUCAAAGAAAGACAACGAAAGACAAAAGGAGGAGGAAGACGACUUGAAAUUAUUACAAGAAGCCAGAAAGAAAGCAGCUGAAAUACUAAGGCUCAAGAGAAUCGAGAGGAUGCAGUCUAAUCAGACGUAAAUCUACGUUUAAAAAUACUAAAUUCUAAUUUGAU